UAGCCCAAAAAAACAAGAAGAGUUCCAAAGAAUGUACUUUAUGAUAACAAAUCAUGUAUCAACCGCCGUAAUAAUUAAUUCCUACAAAAACCUUCAAUUUGGCAUGCAACGUUACAAUACCCUGACGAGGACGAGGGUAAGCAGUCAAGUCUACUUGUUGAACUUAGGUGAGAGAAAAGAUCAUAACAUCACUCAAGAACAUUCAAGAUGUUUCUUAAAUGUGAGUGGGUGUAUUUGUUAUAUUUGUCUGAGUUAGUUCUGAUUUGGUCUGUGUAAAUUACUUUUUUGUUCCAUGACUUCCAAUCGUUUUGGACUGGGCCGAGGAAAAAUGUGUUUGCCAAACCACUGCCAGCGUUCAGUUCGAGGAUUUUAAAAAUAAAACAGGAAAUGUUUCAGGAGGUAACUCUUUAAGAUUCAGAGCGAAGUUUGCUGUGUUUGGAGGAUAUGGAUUUGGAUAUUGCCAGUGCCCAAAGGGAGGAAAUCUCCACACAGGAGUUGACUGAUUCAGUCUAUGAAUUUCAGAAUGAAGAUUUACGAAAACAAGUUGCUGCCCUUAAAAGUUAUACCAAGCAUUUGAGAUGGCAUUGUUACAUUUACCGCAAGGCAUUAGCUCAUUUCCCAAAUGGUAUGGAAAUUUUGGAAGCAGUCGAGAAGGAAGUAGGAGCUGACAGGAGCCCACCAUGCAGUUCCUGCGAGAAAGAUGAGCUACUUCAGAAACUACAACAGUUGGAAAACGAAGUCCAACGAAAAAGAAAGAGAGAUGCUGAUUCUGAUUCCGAAGCCUGAAGAUAUAUUUUUCUAUUUUGUCUACUCAUGUUUUUUUUUUCCUAAUGGAUUUGAUUUCUGCAUUAAAAUUCUUUGAAAAUA